AUGCCCCUCUUCACCAUCCCCUUGCUCCUCCCACUCCGCUCCCAAUCAUGCAGAGCCAGAGUUGGCGGUGCAGUGCAGUGCAGUGCAGUGAAGGCCAGAGGAGGAGGGAGCAUGGGGGACGCGGGAUUGCAGGCAGCGGUGGUGGAUGGGUUGCGGGCGCACUUGCAGCGAGUGAGAGUGGCCGAUGGCAGCACACGCGUGUUCAAGGAGGAGUGCUGCAUCACCUUUGAUACCCCGCGGUCAAAGACAGGUCUCCUGGUGGAUCUCAACUCCUUUCUGGCGUUCAGUGAGCGUGCUGCUGCAUGGCAGCACGCUAAGACAGGCAACGCAGUGUUCCUGCGAAUCCGAGAGGUGGAGAAGGAGAAAGAAGGGAAGGAGGACGAGGAGGGUGAGGAGAUGGACAAAGAGCCGCCGUCUAAGAAGCCAACACUGCUGGCCAUAGGGGUAGAAGGCGGGUUCAAUCCUGAGAAGGAGGUGCAGUAUGAAACUCGUUACAGUGUGGUUCUCUUGCCGGAUAAGCUCGAGCUGCCCUACCCCAACAACGACCUCCCUGAGAUUAUCCGCAUGUCAGUAGAGUCGGUGAUAGCAGCAGAGGGAGCGGAGCGGAAGCAGCAGGUGUCGGCGUGGGUGGCGGACAAGAAGCGAGUGGCCAAGAGCGCGCUCUCCCUCGUGCAGCUCGACAACGGCGUCACCGUGCCGUCACUGCCCGCGCUCUGGCAGUGCUCCAAGUGCGACAAGCGGGAGAAUCUGUGGAUGAAUCUGAGCGACGGGACGAUUCUUUGCGGGAGGAGGAACUGGGACGGCACGGGCGGGAACGGGCACGCGCUGAUGCAUUACGAGGAGACCAAGUUUCCGCUUGCUGUGAAGCUGGGGACCAUCACUCCGGAUCUGGAAACGGCAGAUGUGUAUUCAUACGAGGAGGAUGACACGGUUGAAGACCCGCUGCUAGCCAAGCACCUCGCGCACUUUGGCAUUGACUUCUCCUCGCUCUCCAAAACGGAGCAGACGACAGCGGAGAGGGAGCUGGAUCAGAACAUGAGCUUCGACUGGAACCGCAUGCAGGAGCAGGGCAAGACGCUGCAGCCGCUCUUUGGCGCUGGCUUCACCGGCCUUGCUAACCUCGGCAACAGCUGCUACCUUGCCUCAGUCAUGCAAGUGCUCUUCUCAACUGAUCAUUUCAGCAACAGUUUCUUCAAGUCUGUGUCGUUAGAGGAGGCAUUUGCCAAGGCACCUGCUGACCCUACCGCUGACUUCGCCACCCAAAUAGUGAAGCUGGCGCAUGGGCUGCUUUCAGGGGAGUACUCUCACCCCGUGGCUGGAGGUAAAGGAAAGGAGAAGGAGAAGGAGAAGGAGCCGUAUCAAGUGGGCAUUCCCCCACGCAUGUUCAAGAAUGUGAUUGGCAAGGGGCAUGUGGAGUUCUCCACUUCCAGACAACAGGACGCCCUAGAGUUCUACCAAUACCUUCUCGAGCAGGUUCAGAAGCUGCCCGCGCCAGCACCAGCAGCAGCAGCAGCAGCAGCAGCAGCGCAGCAACAAGCAGAUAGCACAGAAGCGGGGAAGAGACCAGAGGCAGGAGGAGGAGGAGGAGGAGGAGGAGGAGGAGGAGGAGGAGGAGGAGGAGGAGGAGGAGAAAGAGGAGGGAGUGAGGGGGUGAGUGUGUGGCGCAGUGUGGAGUAUGUGGUGGAGGAUCGGAUAGAGUGUGGGGCGUCCCAACAGGUCAAGUACACACACCGGCCCGACAACGUGCUCUCGCUCCCCAUUCCCCUUGAUGCCGCCACCAACCAAGAUGAAGUGGCAGCGUUUGAGGCAUUGAAGAAGGAGAGAGAGAGCCGAGGAGAGAAAAUGGCCAAUGAAGAGGUGGUUCGGCCGCGUGUGCCUCUCUCUGCCUGCAUUGACCGGUUCGCUGCACAGGAGAGCAUUCCAGGUUUCUUCAGCACAGCUAUUAACGGCCACACCACGGCACUCAAGACGACGCGCUUUGCUACUUUCCCGGAUGUGCUGGUGAUGCAGAUGCGCAAGUACGUGCUCGAGUCCGGCACCUGGGUGCCGAGAAAGCUCGAUGUCUUCCUGGACGUGCCUGAUCGGUUGGACCUCUCACAUCUGAGGGGCAGGGGGCUGCAGCCGGGCGAGCAGGAGCUGCCAGAAGACGCAUCAGCAGGUGCAGGCGGGGCCCAAGCAGCAGCAGCAUCACCCGGGCCGGCAGUGCUGCAGGCGGACGAGGUGGUGGUGGCGUCACUGGAGAGCAUGGGGUUCCCGCGCGUGCGCUGUGUGAAGGCGGCGGUGCUGACGGGCAAUGUGGGGGUGGAGGAGGCGGCCAACUGGAUCUUCGAACACAUGGACGAUGCUGACAUUGACGAGCCACUCCCCCCACCUGGAGCCCCAUCGGGAGCACCAGCAGCAGCACCAGCAGCGGCGGCGGUGAAUGAGGUGUCUCUGGCAACGCUCAUGUCCUUUGGUUUCUCCGACACUGCUGCUCGCACCGCACUCACUGCCACUGGAGGCGAUGUGGAGCGGGCAGCGGAUUGGAUCCUGAACAACCCAGCAGAAGCAGAAGCUCCUCCUGCUGCUGCUGCUGCGGCUGCAGAACCCACUCCCAUGGAUUUGCAGCCUUCAGGAAAUGGAGCAGCGUCAGCCGUUGAUCUUGAUCCGACAGCCAGAGUGUCAGAUGGCCCUGGAACCUACGAACUGUUUGCAUUUGUGAGUCACAUGGGGGCAAACACGCAGUGUGGGCACUACGUGGCACACAUUCGCAAGGGGCCGGGGGGCGAGUGGGUGCUGUUCAACGAUGCCAAGGUGGCCGUCUCCCAGGACCCACCCAAGGACAUGGGCUACCUCUACUUCUUCCGCCGCUGCUCCGCUGCUGCUGAAGGAGCCUCCAGCUAG